CAAGCCCCAGGCCACCGCCGGCGACUGUGAAGCCCCGGAAACCUAGUUUAAUGGACGAGCACGAUCUUGAGCUCGAAAAAGUGAAAUUAAUCAGCUUAGCUGUCGAAUUCGGAUUCGAUGAAUACUCCGCUAAGAAAUGCUUAGAUCGCCUCAUUGAACUCUACGGCGAGGAGGGCAGAGAUUUCAUCCGUGUGGAGUAUUGCGGCGAUGAUUUUUUGGCGGCAUUGGCGGAAUCCAUGCGAGACACGGAGGACUGGGAAAAUGAUGAUUUUCAAGCAAUGGAGUCUGAGGCUUGUGGAGCUUUGGCCGAAAUGCUGGACAAGGAUAUUAAAAUUCGGGUCGAAAGAAAUGAGGAAAGAAAGGAUAAUGGGGGUGUUAUCUCUGAAAAUUCUGUUCAGGUUAUUCUAGAUUCUUCUUCAGGUGAUAGUGAGAAAGAUGACGACGAUGAUGAUUUUGUAAUUCCUAGAAAAAAUGGUGGUAACAGCAUUACAAUUCAGAGUCAGGGCCUUGAUAGACGUUCGAGUAAAAGAACUUCGAUGUCUGAGACUUUUUCCUUGAAGGAGUGCAUAAGCAGUGUUACACCUAGUUCAGUUUCAUCCUCAGGGAGAUUUUCAGACAAGACAAAUAACGAACCCAGGACCUUGACAUAUGAGGAGUUGCUGCAUCUGGAUGACAUUGAAUUGGCUAACGUAGUUGUAUUUGGAAACCGUAGCUUUCGGCCUUUACAGUAUAAGGCUUGUAAAGCAUUUCGGGAACAGAAUGACUGCUUUAUCCUCAUGCCAACAGGAGGUGGUAAAAGCCUUUGUUACCAGCUUCCAGCCAUUUUACAACCAGGGGUUACAAUUGUUAUAUCCCCACUGCUUUCCCUCAUUCAGGACCAAAUAUUCACCCUGAACCUCAAGUUUGCCAUACCAUCUACUUUUCUAAAUUCUCAACAGACUCCUUCACAAUCCGCAGCAGUAUUUGAAGAAUUAAGGAGAGUUAGACCAUCAUGUAAGCUACUUUAUGUAACUCCUGAAAGAAUUGCAGGAAAUUUACCAUUUCAAGACAUCCUAAAAUGUCUGUACAGGAAGGGGCAAUUGGCUGGAUUUGUUGUUGAUGAAGCACAUUGUGUAAGCCAAUGGGGACACGACUUUCGUCCAGAUUAUAGAGUUUUGGGAUGCCUCAAGAGGAACUUCCCCAGUGUUCCUUUAAUGGCAUUAACAGCCACAGCAACCGAAAAAGUUCGUGAGGACAUCUUAAAUGCCCUUGCAAUUCCUCGUGCACUCGUUCUGGAGAUGAGCUUUGACAGACCCAACUUAAAGUAUGAAGUACUUGAGAAGAGCAAAGAACCACUCAAGCAGCUUGGAAGAUUACUGUUGGACCGUUUCAAGAAUUUAUGUGGCAUUGUGUACUGUCUUUCAAAAAGUGAAUGUGCAGAGGUCUCAAAAUAUCUUAAUGAAAAAUGUAACGUCAAAACAGAGUAUUACCAUGCUGGAUUGGCAGCUCGUCAGAGGAUAGCAGUUCAAAAGAAAUGGCAUGCUGGAGAAGUCCAUGUUGUAUGUGCCACGAUAGCUUUUGGGAUGGGAAUAGACAAGCCAGAUGUUAGGUUCGUUGUUCACAAUACAAUGUCAAAAUCAAUUGAAAGCUAUUAUCAAGAAUCUGGAAGAGCAGGCAGAGAUAACUUUCCUGCUAAAUGCAUUGCUCUAUACCAGAAGAAGGAUUUCAGUCGUGUGGUCUGUAUGUUAAGAAAUGGGCAAGGGCGCAAAAUUGAGAGCUUCAAAUUGGCUAUGGAUCAAGCUCGGAAAAUGCAACACUAUUGUGAACUUAAGACUGAAUGUCGUAGACAAUACUUAUUAGCUCAUUUUGGAGAGUCCUUUGACCCAAACGGCUGUAAAAAUGGUUCUAGUCCCUGUGACAACUGCUUGAGGGCUUCCUCAUAGAGUAAUUCUGAUCGUGAGUGAAAGCUAUGAUAGGGAAAUCUUUGGGUGCUUACAUCUAUCUACUCGUCCAAAGAACAAGCAAGCAAAAAGGAAAUGGAUUGACAUGUGCCCAAGUCAAUAAUUACAUUAUUAUUGUUCAAUACAUAUCCGGGGCACUGGACACUGGACAGAUGUUCUCACGCUUGUUUACAAGGUAAAUACUUGACGUCUUUUGCCCAAUUCGUUUAAAGUUGUAAACCUGUAUUCCAAAAUGCUAUCAAUGUGACAAAGAAUAGAGAUGGAAUGUGGAAUGUUACUAGCAGUCUGGAAACUUUAGAAUUGUGACUUCUUUUUUUUUUUUUUUGGUGUAGAGCAGGAGGGGGGUGGGAUUCAAGAAGUGGGGAGGAAGUUAGGAGACUAGAAUUCAAAACAUUUAAUUUUGGAGCUUUCAACCUCAACUAUUAAGUCAAAGUCUCCUCGAGAGAAUUGUAACUUAGUAUUUGGUAGAGAGGUAAGGUAUUUAAUGAUAUUUUCUUAUGAUUUGGAAAGAGAGAGAUUUUUAGUCUGAUCCUUUUCGUUCUGAAGAGAGAGGGAAGGCCUCCUGUAAUGUAAUUUCAAGGAGACAGAAGUGCAUGAAGAGCUGGACUAUGGUCAAUAAUCGCUGCUUGCAUCCCAUCGCAUUUAUAUUCUUCUUCUGAAGAAAUGACACACCAGUUCAGAAUCUUGAUGGACGCCUGACUUUAGAUCCAUCCAUCCAAUACACGAGGGCACAUGCACACGUUCAUUGACUUGCUCACUAGUACGCUGUUGUACUACUAUUGUCUAAUGGUAUUAUAGAGCCCCCAUCUGUGAUAAUCGUUGGUUGAAUUUAACUAAUGAUUUGUGCCCUAAUAAUCAUCAGCAUAUUCAGGACCACAACAAAAAAUUAUGAA